UCGUUAUCGAAAAACACAGGGUGCACUGCAAUACUAAAUGAGCAGCAAGCGCACUCUUUUAUCGACAUCACCUGAUCAUAAAGAACAUACACCAAAAAAAUACGCGCCGUCCCUAAAUAUGAGUGUAAGCAGUCAUCAAGACGUGUUUACAUGGAGCAAACUAUGCGAAGUCCUGGACGACAAAUUGAAGGGUGUAGCAAAGAAAGAAGAUCUGACGGAUAUCAAACAUGAAAUUGAAGAAUUAAAACAUGAGAAUUCUAAAUUAAAGGAAGACAUAAAGAAAUUAACAAACCGUCUAGAACUAGUUGACCAGAAAUCGAGAACCACAAAUAUCAUGGUACCGCCAGCGAAGUCCAAAGGGUUUUAAAUGCUAGAAGUAACCUUAAGGGACAAGCAAUUUUUAUUCAGAAGGAUUACACUGCAGCUGAACAGUCUAUUAGAUACAAUCUCAGGCAAGUUAGCAAAGUAAUAUCUAAGCAUAAAAAAGAUGUAAAAGUACGGCUUGGUGAAUUUUGUAUCUACAUCAACGAUAAACGCUUUACUUGGUUCAAUGGAAAGAUACGUUCUUCCGCUAC